AUGAGUGAGGCGGAGUUGCAGCAGCUUCAAGUUCUUUGUGAAGCUAUGUAUUGUGGAAACAAAGAAGAACAAAAUCAGGCACAUACAAUUUUACUACCAUUAGUGAGCAAUGUAGGAAAUGUUAGCAAACUGAAAAAUAUAUUGGGGAGCACAACACAUGUACACACAUUAAUAUUUACUACAUCUGGUUUACUCCAGUUAAUAACAAACGAAUGGAAUAAAAUCGAAAAUAAUGAGAAAGAAGAAUUAAAAGAAUUUGUAAUAUCAUAUUUAUAUAAUAAAGGGGUUGAGUUAUUAAAUUUGUCAUCUAAUAUAUUAGGCAAUUUUGUUCGAUUAUAUGUACGUAUAGUUAAAUUAUCAUGGUUAGAAAAUACAAACUAUGCAUUAAUAACAAAACAAGUAGAAUAUUUUUUAAAUUCAGUAACAAGCCAUUGGAUUAUAGGUUUAUAUAUAUAUGCUGCUUUAAUUGAAGAUAUGCAUCCCCAAUGUGGUGUAAAUUCAGCAAAAAGUCGAAGAUGUGCUAUAUCGUUUCGUGAUUAUGUAUUAAAAGAUAUAUUUAAAGUAGGUAUAGAAACAUUAGAAGAAUUUGUAAAAGGAAGUAUAAGAAUAGAAUUAAGAGUAGAAGAAAAUCGAUUACUUAUGAAAGUACUUGAAUUAAUUUAUAAUAGUUUAUCAUUUGAUUUUAUGGGUACAAUGAUCAAUGAUGAAAGUUCCGAUGAAAAUAUAUCUCUUAUGAUACCUCAAUCUUGGGACAUAUUUAAUGAAAAAAAUAUUCCCAAAUUAUUUUUUGAUAUGUAUGAAAUAUGUAUGUCUGAAGUAGAUGAUAUAAGAAAUUGCUGUGGUAAAUAUUGUAUUAGAUCACUAAUAUUAUUAGGAAGUUUAAGGAAAACUUUUUUUUCAAACGAAAAACAAAAGAUACGUUAUAUGAAUGAAUUUUUAGGGGGCAUCAAUAAAAUCAUUGAAAAAAAAAUAGGGUUACAUGAUGAAGAUUGUUUCCAUGAAUUAUGUAGACUGAUUGGUAAAAUAGAUACAAGUAUAAGAUUACAAGAAUUAAGUACAUAUUCUAAUUUCCUUUCAUGGUGUAAUAAUAUAUAUUUAUUUACAAUGGAUGGAAUGAAAAAUUGGAAAUAUUUAUGUAAUAGUAAACAUUAUUUAUUAGGUAUUUGGAGUAAUAUGCUAAAUAUUAUCCCCCCAAAAAUAAUUAAAGAAAUUAAUAGUAAAACUGAUGAAAAAGAAUUAUUAAAUGAUGUUAUGAAUAAUAAAAACUUUUUUAUAAAAAAAAAUAAUAGUAUAUCUAACAGUUUUAAUACUAAUAACGAUAUCGAUAAUAAAUAUUUAAUUAUUUGUGAUUAUAUAUAUAACAUUACGAUUGUGUUUAUAAAUUCAAGAUUAGAACUCGCUAAAUAUAUUUGUGAAACAGGUGAUAGUUGUGAAAUGGAAAAUCCAUUAUACAAUGAUGUACUAAGAAGUGAACAACUUGAAUUAAUAUCUAAUUUAUGUAAAUUACAAUAUAAUUUUAUAGGGGGCAAAAUAUUAUCUAUAUUUUAUGAAUUAAAAAAUAAUCAUGAAAAUAAUCUUAUAAAUAAAUCAGUUUUUAUAGAACAAACAACAUGGCUAGUAUUUAUUAUAUCUUCUAUAAUUUCUACAAGUGCUAUAUCAAAUAUGAAAUUUGCAAAUUCUGAUAAUUUUAAAAUUAAUUCAGAACUAUGUUUUUUAGUUUUUUCAUUAAUGGAACAAACAAAUAAAUCUUCAGAAGUUUUUGAAUAUCUUGAAUUUGCAUAUCUAAAUUGUUUAGAAUUAUUUAAAAAAGUAUAUAUCAAUGGAAAAAAAAAUAAUAAUUUCUUGAAAGAAAUGAGAUCAAUUGCUUCGAGAAUAAUAUCUGCCUCAGGAAAUAAUAAUUCCAUUACAAAUUCAUCAAAUAAUAAUGUUAAUGCCAGUGGAAAUAAUUUCUCUGGAUCAUCCCUUAUUUCGAGCAAAAAUGACGAAGAAAAUAAUGACCCUUUAAUAGACUUAAUUAUUAGCAAAAUAUUAUUUAAUUUGAAUAACCGUCUUGAAUAUGAUCAAAUAAUAAAAAGAAGUUUAGAUUUAUUUCAUGAUUUAGUAUCUGGUAUGAAUAUAGUAUGUUUAGAAGACAAAACACCUAAGUUAAUUGUCUUUGCUAGAUUAUUAUUAAAAAACGAAAAAAUUUUAAAAUUAUUACAUAGUAGAGAUACGAAAUUUUUAGAAGUUUCAAAAUAUUAUAAAUAUAGAACAAAUUAUUAUUUAAUAUUAACCAAAUUAUUAUUUAUGGAACAAAAUACUAAUUCAUUAUCUUUUGAAGAAUAUAUAUCACCAAUAAAUAAUUUACUUGAAUGUAUAAAAAGAGAAAUAGAUAUAAAUGGAAAAGAUAUUAUAUUAAAAAAUAAUGCAAUAAAAUUAUCAUUUAUCGGUGCAUUAAGAGAUUUAAGAGGAAUAUGCAUGGCAUGUAAUAAUGUCGAAACAUAUAAUAUGUUUUUUAAUUUUUUUAUUAACAGUCAUCCAUUAGAAGAUAAUAAAAUGAAUAUAUUAACAUCUUUAGUAGAAAUCAUAUGGGAUACAUAUGAAAUUUGUGUUCCAUUCCUUAAAUUUAUGUGCGAAUUUGUAUAUAAUAAAUCACAAAGAAUUACAUUCCCAAAAUCAUCACCUAAUGGAAUAUUAUUAUUUAAAGUCGUUUCGAAUAUACUCAUUAUUAUAUCAAAUAAUUUAUUACAAAAAGAUAAAUUCUGUGAUAUAUACAAAGAAAAAUAUAAAAUAAUAUCACUUUUGUUAAACAUGUUUAAUAAUUGUUUAAAUGGAGAUUUUGUUAAUUUUGCUAUAUUUGAUUUAUAUAACGAUGAUAUAUUAAACAAUUCAUUAAAUCUAGCUUUAAACAUGUGUUUAGUUAUACCAACAAAUGAUUUAUUAUCAUAUAUUAAGCACCUUAAACCUUAUUUUUCAUUUCUUGACUUAGUUACUAAAAAUUUCUUCCAAAGAAUAUUAAAUCUCGAAUUUAGACUUAUAGCUGAUAUUAUCCAUAAUGUAAAGGAAGGUUUGUGUUCUUUUGAUUAUACUGUCUCUAUGACAUGUUGUUCUAUUUUAGACAACAUUGUUACGUAUAUAUUUACAAACCGAAAAAGUUCAAGCGAGCAAGGCCAGAUAAUAAAAAACUUUUUGGAAAAUCAACCCCAAGCUCUUAAGGAAGUCCUAAAUCUAAUGUUCCACUUGAUAUUAGGAGGCAACUUUGGUAGCACGUGGAGUAUGUCACAGCCACUCUUGGGUCUAAUAUUACUUGAUGCUCAAGGUUAUUUUAAGAUACAAGAACAGCUUAUAUCUCAACAAAGCGAAGAAAAAAAGCAAAAAUUGAGACACAGCUUUUGCAAAUUAAUGGAUCACAUUGACUCAAAUUUAGCCUCCAACAACAGGGAAAAUUUCACCCGAAAUCUGUAUACAUUUGCUCAAGAAAUACGAAAUAUUUUAAUUUAA